GGAGGAGCAAAGAAAGUAGACAACAAUGGGGAAACAUGAUCCUGGACGUCUUGCUGCGAUAGUGGUUUCUGUUGUUGGCUUUGCAAUAAGCCUGGUGUUCAACGGGCUGUCAGUGGUUGGUAUUGGUCCUUAUGAUACCACUACAGCCAAUGUGUCUGCUGUGUUUGACACCCAGAUCACACCUUCAGGAUGGACCUUCAACAUCUGGAGUGUCAUCUACGUCUGGCUAACCUCCAUGAUUAUUUACAUCCUUGCGAGUCUUUGCAGAAAGAACGGUUAUGGCUACGUUUACUGCAGCCCUGCAGUGUUGCCUUAUGGAUUCUUCAUUAGCUGGUGCCUCAAUCUGUGUUUCAAUAUUGGCUGGCUGCUUGUUUGGGACAGAGGUAUAAUGAUUGCUGCACUGGUUUUUCUCAUCCUGGUCAUCUGCACAAACUACUCCAUGAUAUGCUUCAUCUGCCAUGGGCUUCACAUUUAUGGAGCCUGGCUCAACAAAUACCACAAAGCAGAUCUGUGGCUCCUCCGUGUCUUGGUUCAAAAUGGUGUGAUGAUAUACACAACAUGGACAACUAUUGCAACCCUAAUCAACCUGACCAUUGUCCUGACUUAUGAUGUAAAGAUGUCCCCAGAGGACGCUGCCACAAUUUCAUACUCUGUUUUGGCUGUUCUGUUGCUCGUGUGGUUUGUUUUGGAAAACUCUGUCCUUGACAAACAUGUGCGCUACAUCCUCAUCAUCUACCCUGUUGUGAUCUGGGCUCUGUCUGGAAACCUGGACAAAAACUACGAUGCUUCAUCACCCAGUCGCAAUGGUAUCUUCAUUGUUGCGCUGCUGGCCGUAGCCUCUGUGCUGUUGGCUGUAAGGAUUGUUUGGGUGAUUUGGAGACACAUCAAACAGCCACUCUAUGAGGACGUCAGCCCUGGAGCCAUGGAGCCGAUGGACAUUGCUGUGAAGCAGAAGAAGAUAUUUCGCUAAACAUUUUUAUGAUAUAACAAACUGAUAUGUGCUGUUAUACAUCAUAGAAAAUACAUGUGCAGUUGUUUAGUAUCACUUUGUUAAUCACUUUGUUAGGACAAAUGUUAAUUUUUUUAAUUUAUGUUAUGAAAUACACUAAAGCAUAAUUAGCAUACAGUAGUUUUCACCUGGAAUAUUAUUUUCAACUUUGGCUGAAUGCUCUCUGAUCCUUUUAUGGCUCUAUUCUAACAUAUAGUUGCUAACACCACUCAUUAGGCUCUGAUAAGGAGACUAUUACAACACUACAAGGGGGGAUAACACUGCAAUCACACACCUUUAA